UGCGUUCUCUUCUUCCAGAGAAAAAUGCAGAUCUUCGUGAAGACCCUGACGGGCAAGACCAUCACCCUGGAGGUUGAGCCCAGUGACACCAUUGAGAAUGUCAAGGCCAAGAUCCAGGACAAGGAGGGCAUUCCCCCAGAGCAGCAGAGGCUGAUCUUUGCUGGCAAGCCGCUGGAAGAUGGGCGCACCCUGUCUGACUACAACAUCCAGAAGGAAUCCACCCUGCACUUGGUCCUGCGCCUGAGGGGUGGCAUGCAAAUCUUUGUGAAGACCCUGACGGGCAAGACCAUCACCCUGGAGGUUGACCCCCCCGCCGCCGGGCCCUGCUGCAGGUGCCGUGGGGAGGACAGGGAGAGCGCUGACGUACAGUGCGUUCUCUUCUUCCAGAGAAAAAUGCAGAUCUUCGUGAAGACCCUGACGGGCAAGACCAUCACCCUGGAGGUUGAGCCCAGUGACACCAUUGAGAAUGUCAAGGCCAAGAUCCAGGACAAGGAAGGCAUUCCCCCGGAUCAGCAGAGGCUGAUCUUUGCUGGCAAGCAGCUGGAAGAUGGGCGCACCCUGUCUGACUACAACAUCCAGAAGGAAUCCACCCUGCACUUGGUCCUGCGCCUGAGGGGUGGUAACUGAACUGCGUGGUUGCUGCUCACUUCCAAGUAAAAGUUUCUCUGCGCUUGUUCAUUCCAAUAAAGCU